AAUCAUAUAAGUACUCCAUAUAUACAAUAUAUUGAUAUUACAUUUAAUUUAUAUAACUUAAAUGUUUGCUUUUUAAUAAUAAUUAAAUUGUGUUAUUAGUAAAACAUACCAAACAAUGGAAAUAUAUAAACUAUUUUUUACAAUUGUUAUUACAAUAAGUUUGACUAAUGUUUUGGAAUGUCUUCCAGUAAUCAGUGGUUUAUUGUCAGGUGGUCAAUCAGGAUCUAAUGAGACAUCAUCGUCACCAUCGGGUGACUUACUCGGUGGCGGUGUAAUCGAUAGUUUAACCAAUACACUGGACGGUGUGGUUAAAACAAUUCCAAUCGUCGGUGAUUUAGGCGUCGGAAGUAUCAUUAGUGGACUCGUUAAGACCUUACUCGGCUUAUUAGGAGGUGUUGGCGGUUUAGGCGGCUUAUUAGGAGGUGGUGGUGUAGGCAACUUAUUAGGAGGACUGACUGGUGGUGGUGGUGGUGGUGAUGGAGGUGGUGCAGGACUUCUCGGUUGAUUUUGUUGUCAUUAAGCUAUUUAUAAAUCAAUAAUUUAUGUUAGAUAAAAUAAGAUUAUAUUUAAUAUAUAUUAAUUAUGACUUACUUAUUUUACUAAUAAAUAAUAACAAUUUUUGA